AUGAAUAAAUUCUUGGAGCAACUGGAAAUUUUGAAAACCACGUUUUCAGAACUCCCGGAAGAGUGCCUGAUAGAUGCGAUAGAGCGAAUGGAUCAAACUGUUGAGCAGCUCUCUCGAAGUGUUGUGUUCGUAGAGGGAGAUCCACAAGCGGAUUAUCUGGCUGAUAUGGGGAAAGAUGUAGUGCAAGACUUCCUCCACACAACCGACUUUGAUUUCUUCUCAUCCGCCCCCUCCACGUCAUCAAAUGACUUUCCCAUCCAAUUUCCAAAUUUCCCAUCCACGGAUAUUCAACAGAUUGCAGCGUCACCAUUAUAUUGUUACACGUGUGGCGAGGGUUUCAAUAAUCGGAAAGCACUGUAUCGCCACGGAAAAUCAACGAAUCAUAGUACGAGGCCAUCGAAAUGUCAUCAAGAAGUGGAAGCACAGGGAGAAGAGAUUCAGAAGACAUUAAGAAUUCAAACAAGUUCAGAUUCAGACGAGCGACGACCAGUUGAGAAUCUGAAUAGUCUGAGGGGACCGUGUGAUAUAUCGCUGGCAGCAUUGCAUUUGGGGCAGGAGGAUUUCUUGGAAAGCACGAGUUUUCUGGAAAAUUCUGAGCAUGACGAGGACGGCGAGUCGAAUAUCAGUUGCUUCGAAUGCAAACGAAUUUUCACAAAUCGAAAAGCGUUGUAUAGACACGGUCAACAAACCAACCACCGUCUCCGCCUGAGAAGAGCAACAAAGGUGAAAGGAGGGCCCAUUCGAUGCACUAAAUGUAAAUACAGCACUGAUAAAUCAAUGAAUUUUCGAGCCCAUCUCCGUCGGAAUCACAGCGAGACUCCCCGCGAUAAUGUGUUCUAA